AUAUAAUAUUUACGUACGAGUAGAAAAUAUUACCACGAAUUUGCAUUACCUAUACAUUUACCUACCUACGCGUUAUCUCGUUUGCAUUCAAUGAAAGUACAUAAAUAUGUACUUCCCUCCUCGUAUCAGUUGGCAAUUUUAUUAAUCACUCUGAGUACGUAGCUGCGUAAAUGAUAAGCUAGGUACUGGUCCAUUUUAUCAGUAUUUGUACCUACAUUUUUUAUUUCGAGCUGACUAUCUAUUUACAUUAAUUCAUGCUACGGUAAGAUUGAUUUUCUCGGUGAGAUUUGGGUAACCCGAAAUCGUCAUCAUUGACGACAUACGUUAUCAAACUUCGUUUUCCUGUAAUCUUAUGUCAUAGCCCACAGGUAAAUUCCAAUCCGAGCCCAAGCUGUGGUCAUCCCAAAAGCUAAAUAGGUAUAUAUACUGAUGGUUUAUUUUUCACGAUGCAGUUUCUUAUGACUUUUCGAAGUGAAAUAUCGACGAGUAGACCAGUUGAACAAAGUGAAAAAUAAUCCAUUUUUUUAAAUUUACUUUCCAUCGUUGACUUAUCUCUUUUUUUCCUCACUAUUACACGGACAGAAGCGAGAAUUUCGAAGAUGAAAUUCGUCUGCGUUGUAUUAUUCGUUUGCUGCACCAUCGGCGGAGUAUUUUCGGAUCCGAAGUGCCAGCUUCAGUCUCGAGAUGGUAAAUUUCAGAAAGGAUGUGAAAUCGGAAAUUUGACGGUUAUCAAUGCGUUUAAUCGCACAAUCAUCAAUGGAACGUCGUGUGAUUUGAAAAAUACGAGGGGAUACAUCCCUCAGUUCAUGAAAUUCCAGAACGUGUCGAGGAAUGUUUCUCAAUCCCAGUCGUAUUUGUUGGCUGUAGUUGAUCUCACAACCAACCAAUUGCUAGGACUGGUGUCCAAUUUAACCAUGCAGAAUGGCACAAUUCACACCACUUUGAAAAAUAACCCGAACAUUCAAACGAUAAAAGAUUGGAACGCACGUCCGAAUCCAACUUCUGCGAAUCACACAAUCCAGUAUCUGGUGUUCGAGGAACAUCGAAACAACUCCAGAUCAAAUUAUACUGCUGAUUGGGCCCUAACGUUAUCUCCGUUCAAUCUGCUCGUUUGGAUAAAAUCUCAAGAUAGUGGAGUUUCGAUUUGCGGACCUGUCGCAGGUGGAAAUGCAGUGCUUCUUCCUCCGCUGGAAUCUCCACAAACUACGACUGCUGCACCAACGCCAAGACCAACACCUAGAAUUACAACAACAACAACAACAACAGUCAAACCACCAAAUUCGGACAAAAAAUUUAAAUGUGUAAAAAAAUGUACGAAAAUAAAUAACGAAAACGAAAGAAAGAAAUGUGUGAAGAAAUGUUAAAAGCAAGAUUGGAGGCUUACUAGUUAUAUACUUAGACUUACCUAAACCUAUCUAAUUUUACCUACACAACUAUGAACUACGUUAUUAUGUCUCUUGCUUGCUGUUUUAUCUAAUAUAGGUAAGGUACCUAUGUACCUACAUAUUCGAUCUACCUAUAUAUAAGCAUAUUAUUAAGCAAUCUAGUCGGUAUAGUCAGAUAUGUAUAAAAAUAGUUACCUAUUAGUCGACUUUCUAGUUGAAUAUCUGUCAAUUUUUUUGUAUAAAUAUUUGUUACUAUAAAUUAUGUAUAUUUUUAGACGCAAUGUUUCUUAAAAUAAAUUUCAAAGUAUGAAAAA